CCCGACGGGAGCGCAUGCCGCCUCACACCAAAAGUAGCCGGUCGGACUGCUCACACCCUCUGCUUAUUACUACUGCGGCUAUUUCUGUCACUCUCCCUAUUCCAGUUUUUUUUUUUUUUUUCCUCCGCAAGUCCAAGUCCUUCUCGACUGCAGCAUAGGUAGCCAUGGCCUCGAGAAUACUAUCCCACGGAGCCCGCGCCCUCGCAAGGAAUACCCCUCCGAUCCGCACGUUCACCAACUCAGCGCCUCGUCUGGACGCUGUCGCUGCGGCGCCGCUCCCUGCACGGAGGCCAGUCGGUGCGCUGAGGGGAGGGCUCUUCGGCUUCUUCCUCGGCAGCACCCUCGCCGGCGGCGGGGUCUACUACUACGCGAUCCAGGAGUACAAGGCCUCGAACGAGCUGCUGACUGAGGACAUUUACGCUCUGCAAGACGCUGUCGAACGGUUGAGCAACUAUGUGACCAAGUUGGAGGAGAAGAUGGAGGCACUGGAGAGGAAGAAGAAAUGAGUUACGAUUACGGUUGUGGGCUGGCUGGGAGGGCAUGAAUCUGGGUACUGGGUUGUAUGAGGUGGGAAUAAUCGGGAACUGUACAUCACUUCUUCGCCGGCGACAGAGAUGAACACUUGAGGGCAGGAUUGAACAGUCGUGCCGUGGGUUGCAUUGCGGCGUUUCCUUGAAUAAAUACCAAGUAUACCGGCCGUGCCCGACUUCUUCGGUUGUACAUCAUCUUCCUUCGCGCGCCCCAAAAUUGUAUGCGAUCUCGUAUAUUCAACUUCUUUCCUAGCUCGCAGACCCGGUGUCAUUAGCGCGGGUCGGUGAGUCGGGCCUGUG